AUGACUAACAUUAUUGAGGAAUCAAUGAUUAUUAAUCAUCUUACAUCUCCAUAAAAAUAAAAUAAUCCAAAUUAAUCACCUUUACAUUUGACUCCAAUACUCCCCAAUUCUUAUAAUCAUUAAAGUAGACAAAGCAGCAAAGCUAAUUUACUUGAUCUUCAAAAUAAUAAAACANUAAAAUAAAAAUUCUUUUGCAGGAUUUGAGUUUCAAAUACCGUUGUAGUAAUCUAUUUCUAAAACACCAAACAAUAAUACCAAACCAUAAAAUUAUUUUGCAGAUAAUACAAGAUCAGGCUCUAAGUCAUUGUAUUAGAAUAACAUUCCUUAGAAUAUAUAAUAUAUUAACAAUUCCAAUAAUAAAUAAAAUCAAAUUAAAUAUGAGUACCUUAGUUCAGUAUUUAAAUUUUAUAAUAUUUAGAGAGCUAAAAGUUUUAGUGAUCAAAAUAGCAAAAGAAAUUAAAGUAAAAAAUACUUAGAUUUAGAAUUGAUUGAUAAGUAAUAUGAAAAUAGUUAGGAGAUCCUGAAAAAAACAAAUACUAUGCGCAAAACAUGA